CUUCCGCUUUGGUUCUACCAUUUUUGUUGAUUCAACUUCUGAAGUAUUCUUGUAGUCAUCAACAUAAGUAGAAGAAUGGACUGAUAUUUCUAGUUGUGGUGUUUUUAUUCUAGUCAAGUGUGUAUCUGAGUCAGUACCAUGCACAGUGUUUGAAGAUGUACGAUACAAUGUUUGAAGAAGACACGUUAUAAAUGAAGUGUCAUUCAUCGACAUGUGUCGUUCUACUCGGAGCUUCCACAGGAUGGAUGCCUCCUCAAGUACCCACCGUCCCCGAUGACACGCACACUGCUCGACGGCCAUGAUGGAAACAUAUCGGUAAAGGAGGCCAGGGCUCAAAGCGCGAUCAACGUCACGCGGAGCCACUCCUUUGGCGGGAUGUCUGUCAGAUCUCAGGCCUCUUCAGUAGGGUCGACCUCCGUGCUGGGGGACACCCUCAAGAGAAGUCCCAAGAUCUACACGAAACCACAGCAGAGCUCACGUGGACUGGGCUUCACCUUUCGCAAGUCGGCCAAAAUCCCCAAGAUUCCUCGACCCAACAGAGCCCUUCUCAUGUUUAACAGCAUGAAGAAAGGAAUCAGGGAGUUUAUUCAAGUGACCCAGGAUGACGUCAUGCACUUGCAGUCGGGGGAGUCCAACACAUCCACAGCUCAGGGCAAAGUUCAUGAAACUGAAAAGCAAAUCAAGUCUGCCGAGAGAUACCUGAAGAAACUAGAAUUCCAUCUGUCAAAGAUUGAUGAACUUCAUGACUGCUAUUUGGUUCAUCAGCAACUUCGAGAAGGUGCACGUACUAUGGCUCGAGCUUUCACCACCUCACCAGGAAAUCGCAAACAGUCACUCACCAAUGUGAAAUAUGGCUACAAAGAAUGUUCUCAGACUUUGUGUGCUAUAGAGGCACAGUUGGAAAACAUGUUGGGAACAUUCCAGUGUAAAUUAAAAGGAAUGGCCGGAUUUGCUAGGCUGUGUCCGGGAGAUGUGUUCGAGGUGUCAAUCCGUCAUGGACCUCAGAAGUGGAAGUCCAAGGGACGUGUCGAGAAGGGCAGCAGUCAGCGAUGGGACCACCCAGAAUAUACUUUCAAAGCCCUUGUCGGAGAAGUUCUUAGUCUGAAGGCUGUGGAGGUGCGGAGCUUCAAGAGUGUGCUGCUGGGUCAGAAGAACUGUGAGAUUAAAGAUUUGUUCUCGGCCAACCCGCAACUCAUGACGGUCAGCAUCAACUUCAACGGCUCUCUCAAACUCAGCAUCGUCAUCACAUGGAAUCCACUGGAUGGAAUGGAUGAAAACCUGACAUUUUUUGAGGCGCCAGUCAGACCCACUGGUACCCCACGGAGAAGACCGGUCUCGGUGUUAGCGGUCAACGGACAGUUUUCCGACAGUUACGGAGACCUGACCGGACCGGAGAGGCGCUACUCGAGUCCGCUGCAGUUCCCGCAGACCAAAGAUGACUACUACUUGUUCGCGUCGUCCACGUCUCUCCCCAACCACAUCUUCGAGACUCGCAGCUACACGGCGUCGCCGGUGCUGCGGGUGCGGGACACAUCGCUGUACGUCUCAAACCACACUCAGGGCUCCCUCAUAUCGCAGGCAGUAUUAAACAGUCCCAUGAUGCACACGCCGGCUGUCCCGCAAUGUCGCCUGCCCGGCGUGCUCACCCAGUGCGAGCCGGUGUCGAGGGACGAACCCGGGGCCGUGGAGGAGGCACUGAAUAACCUGACAACGACGCUGGAGGAUUUCCUCGGACAGUACAACGAGCUGCAGAAGCUGGAGGAAGUCGUGCUCAGCCUGGAACAUUUCAUCAGGAAGCGAUCACAGUGCAAUUCUCGUUCUUCCAGCAUCAGUGUGUCCAUAGAGAGCGCACUGGAGGCAUUCGACUUUCCUCAACACUGAGGAGUCAAUAGACGACCUCAGGGAAGUCGCCGGAGCAGCAUUGACCAAAUUCUUGCCAGUCCCGAGUCGACAGCGAAGACAGCCGACUCUGGGAUUGAAUCUCUGGCCAAGCGACUGAGUGAGGACACCCAGCUGAGCUCGAGUCUUGAGUCGAGUCCAGUGCCUCCGUCUACAGGCAACGACCAAGUUGAUCAGGCGCUGCUCUUCCACUUGUCUUACUGUGAUCGACUUCUCGAGAACCUGGGUAACUUCGGACCACUGAAGUGUCGUGAGUUCUAUGCGCUGGACAAGCUACAGAAACAGGCAAAGAUUAUCGACAACCUACUGAAGAUAGCCAGAGCCGGAUCAGAGAUUGAUCUUCAUCCUGUGAUGACCGAGUUGACUGAUGACAAGACACUUCGUGAAUUCUGGGUGACGUGUGUAGACCACAAUGUUCUGUACGUACACCCCGAGAAGCUGGCGUACAUGUUUGAGCAGAAGUACACACUGCGAAUCAAAGAGAACUACGACGUAUCUCCAAUUAGAGUGUUUUCGUAUGUGAUGGGUAAGAUCCUCGACCUGUCUGUGUACGAGCCGGAGAAGCUGGGCAGCAACACAAUGGUCACUCUGCACCAGUUCGUCACAUACUUCACGUUAGCCGGUGGACUCCUCGUCAUCGACCAGAUAGCCGAGGACAUCUCACUGGCAGACCGCCUGUGUUCGGGGAACCCUGACCAGGUAAUAAAGGCCAUACUGACCCUGAGAGAAGAAAUCCCUCGACCUACAUGUCUGAAGGUCGUCGGAAUGCUGCUGGUGGCAACACAGCGAGAAAUACAGCAGUCAGCAGCAUCAUAUCUGAAAGUAGUAAGCAGAAAUAAAGUCACAAGAGAUAAGGCGAUGGUGAUAUUUGUGGAGGCAUUAGAAGACCAGAUUCCUGAUGUCCGAGCUGGUGCUUGUGUAGCGUUAUCUGUGCUAGAGGCAUCAGAAAGUACGGACCAGCUGGUGUUUGUGUGUCAGGCAGACAGCUCCUCCACUGUCAGAAGGAAAGCCAAAGAAGCUUUGUUUUCUCUCGGUGAAAGUGGAAGACAGGCGUUUGAAGAUGCUCAGCUGACGUCACACGGUUUCCAGGGACUCCACGUCAAGAAGUGAACACUUGACACCUCGCACCUGUUACAGUCAGUCUGGCACUGACAUCAGCAUCGUGAUGAGAACAAAUUGUGUCUGCAAGGAAAUGCCAAAACAUGUAGCCAAUCAGUGAAUGUUUUACAAACUAGUUAUCCAAUCGGUGAAUGGUUUACAAACAAGUUAUCCAAAUAGUAAAUUGUUUACAAACAUAUUAUCCAGUGGGUCGAUUGGUUUACAGACGUGUUUUGCACUGUAUUGGAAUUUCCUCUGAAUCAAUCAAAAGAAACAUUACACUAUAUCACUGAAUAACAUCAUUCAACUCUAUUCCAUUUAUAUAAACUAUUGUUAUAGUGGAUCUUUUUGUUCAUUACUUGACGUUGCUUUGCGUACCACAAUCACGUUAUUGUAAUUCACUCCAGUAUGGAGGUGUGAAGAAUCCACGACAGAUGUAGUUACAUAUGCAAGUGUAUAAGGGUAAUGAUGCAAUCCUGUUCUGGUGCCAAUAUGACGACGUAGUUGCUGCUUUAACGACUGUUUUCAGUGUUGCACAUGGUCUACUGUUCGGUAAAUAUGUCGAUCUUGAUUUCAACACUGUUGUUUUUCUAACCUGUAUAGACAUUAGUUAUUUUUAUAUAUUGCUUAAUUCAGAACAUCUGGUUGAAAGUUAAUGCCUCGAUGCCAAUUCAGAACAAAACUAUUCAGUUUAGAGACAGGUUUUUAAUGUUUACCUAAUACAAACAUCAUGUCGUUUGACCUAUAGCAGGUGAUCACAAUGCUUUCAAAAGUUUGUACUCGAGAUCUUAACAAAGUUUCCACAUGUUACUCUUUGUUCGAUUAAUUACUGAAGCCUCGAAUCUAGCCUUUAACAUUGUAUAAAUACAGGGCCUUGGCCAGAAGUCACGGAGAUCUCAAAUUUGGUGUUCAGACACUAAUUGUGUAACUGUAACAUUCAGUUGUAUCUCUCUUAACAUUGAGCCUGCAUCCACAUUCUAAGGGCCAAAUUUGUCUUAAACAUGUGUAAUAACAUAUAUAUAUAUACAUUUACAAUGCUUAAACACUUGCGAUUAAGAAAACCAGGCUUCAUAAAUUCGGCCCUAAAUAUUUUACAAGCUCCAGCCCAACAUUUGAAUUUGAAUCUGAACCACCUAACAGUUUGCUAGAUUUUGUUUUAUUGAACAUCAUGCCAGUGGUAGCGUGGUCAAUCCUCGUUGCUGUGUGAUUCAGCAUUAUUGUUCCAGCACAUCAAGAUGACCCUGCUGCUGUCAAUUAUUGUUGCAAAUGUGUAGUCGCUGCUAGCAUUGUAUGGUGUGAAAACAGAUGACUUUAUUGUAUUAUUAUUCAUGAUGAAAUAUAGUAUCAACAGUGCUGUUGAUACGUGUUAAUUCUUACAUGUUGUCAGCAUUGGGUUUUUCUCUAAAAUAAAUAAAUUACAACAUGGCUAUUUGUUCAACAGCAUUUAGUAUCUGUACAGUUUUGGAGCAGUGUAUCAAAAACACAGUGUUUGAUGUUACAGGUUUCAGGAUAAUCUCUGUAUGUAGAAUGAAGAAAGACAUUACGGUUUCACUUUGCUGGAUAUUACUGUUAUACAAGAUAUGACUGUUAUUUGUUAUGUACAUGGACAGUGCAACAUGAAGUCAAGUCGUGCAUGAUCAGGGAUCUGUUUAGUUCUGUUCCAUAUUGUGCCAUUUUGUGUUUAACUAGUCAGGAGUAUAGCAAAGGUACAAUGUCCUUUUUACAAGUGAUUUUAUUUUGUGUUUUGUAUCUGUUCUUCUUCACAUUACAUUAUUGUAAAGCAGUUAUAAUGUAAAAAUAAAAAUUGUUGUAAAGCAAUUAUAAUGUGAAAAUAAAAGUGAAUAAUUAUUAAGUAUGUUCAAUGCAUGUAUUUGGUUUGUAGCUAUUGUACAUAGAUUUAUUACGUUUGUAAACUCAAGAUGAUGAAAUGACAUUAAUAGUGAGAUUUGAUGUGAAAAUGGUGCUUUAUAAUUGUAUGAUAGCCUAAGUCUGUUGUGACGAGCCUUAGUUUGAGGAUUUUGUGUCACAGAAUUAGUAUAGUGAGCAUUGGCUUUAAAAAACAAGACAUUUUGUGUGUAGAAGUUUGUAAAAAAAAAAUCUGUUUUACUUAUAAAGCUAUUGUGUUAUACUGUUGAUCAGUAUGUUUUAAAAUAGUUUAUUUAAAGUUUAUUUGUUAUCACAUGGUCAAUAUUUUGGAUCUAAAUUUGUUUCACACUAACAAAGUUCAGAUUUGACAGCGAUGAUUUCAUGAGUGAAUGAUCAUUUUACCCGAGGACUGGAAUGUUGCUACAGUGACAAUAAAUUAUUUCAUCAUCAGGGCUAUACAUAUAUUACAAUGGUGGAUUUAGCAUGAUACUGGGCUGUCACCAUAUAACUCAUAUUUCUUUUACCAAUAUUCCAGUCUGCACACCCUAACCCAGAUGAUUACAACUUCUCUAAUUGCCCCUGGAUGUAUCAUGAAGUUGAUUUGCAAUACAGCCAGGCUCCAAAGUUGAGAGCAGGAGAGAACAAAGUCAAAAUUAAUUUACUUGAACAUAAUGUGUAACACAAAUUAGACAAGUAGCAUAUUAGUAGCUGACAAAUGAUUUAGUUUAUUGUGAAGUUAUUGACAGUGCUGGUAAUGUGGUAUGGCUAAACUCGCUGGCUACAUCUGUUGUAACAAUCAUAAAUCAUGUCACAUUUAUGAUGCACAUUACAUAGGUCUUUAUUUAGGAGGCAAAUGUGCAGGAGUUCUAUAUAAAAACUAAAUUUUAAAAGCCUAGGAGAGACCCAUUUGAAAAGAAACAUUAUCACAUGCAAAUCUCGAUCAUUGCUGCUGAUUAAGUGAUAGCAAACAUUCCUUAAGCAACGAGCUAUGUGUAACUGUAUUACUCCAGUGUGUUGUUCAUUAACAAACUUAUGGAAUACGAAAUAUGAAUUACCAUUACUAAACAGACUACUAGAAAUAUUCCAUGGAGAAAUAUAAAUUUUUACUGACAUUUGUACAUACAUUAUGUGAUAUGCAAUAAAUAUUCAAAAUAUUAUCUUCCUUCCUAUAAGAAAGAUUAAACUACUGACAAAGAUGAUAAAUGGAGAUCUGGGGCCUAAUUCACAAAGGUCUCUUAGACAACAAAGCAUCCUCUUUGCAAGUCUUUUAGCAUUGCACUGCAAGAUUGCAAAUUUGCGAGAGUUUAGUGAAUUAGGCCCCUGAUGGCUAAUAAUGCUUGUGUAUGAAAAACCUUUGACACACAUGGAUAUGGAGCGUACAGCUUUUAUUGUGCAUGUAUUAUGCUAUAGUUCUCUCUCUCUAGUUGUGCAUACUCAUUGCUGCCGUCCUAUAUUUUCACAACCAGACAUUUGUUCGUGUUAUAUGUUGAGUUUUUCUUGUUUCAUAUACCGGUCAUGUAUGUGCAAUAAUAAAAAUCCAUUGUGGUUCC